AUGGCAAACCGUGGCCCUACAUUCGAUCGGAACAUCUCCUGUAUCCAUGAUCUGAAGGUCCUGGGCAGUGAGAAGCUUCCUAUCAUGUAUCGAGACUACUAUAACGAAGGUGCUAUGGAUCUGAUCACUCUAAAAGACAACGAAGCCGCCUACGAUCGGUAUAAAAUCCGACCUCGCAUUCUCCGCAACGUCGACCAACUCGACACGUCAACCACCAUUUUUGGCGUCAAGACUCCUCUCCCCUUUGGCUUCAGCCCCGCUGCAAUGCACAAACUGGCUCACCCAGAUGGCGAACUUGGCACUUCUCGCGCUGCUGCCAAAUUCGGGCUGUGCAUGGGGUUGUCAUCGUACUCGACUACAAGUCUGGAAGAAGUCGCUGCACAGGGAACUGGGAAUCCUUAUGCGAUUCAAAUGUGUGUGUUGAAAGAUCGAUCACUGACGCUGCAAUUACUGCAACGAGCAGAGAAGGCCGGAUAUAAAGCGCUGUUCCUCUCAGUCGACGUCCCCGUCCUGGGCAAGCGUCUGAACGAAUACCGGAAUAGCUUCGAUCUCCCCGAAGACAUGUGGCUGCCCAACAUUCUAUGCAAACUAGCCGAUGAAGGCGACAGUGAGCGCAUUGCCUAUGACCCUACACUGGACUGGGAAUCCGCCAUUCCCUGGUUACGAGCACACACCACGAUGAAGAUUUGGCUGAAGGGUGUUUCCUCGCCUGAGGAUGUGCAACUGGCUAUCAAAUACGGCGUGGAUGGUGUCAUUGUGUCGAAUCACGGUGGACGGCAACUAGACGGUGCACCCGCCACGCUGGAUGCGCUACGAGACUGCGCACCAGUAGCAAAAGGGAAGGUCGCCAUAGCCGUGGAUGGAGGUGUGCGACGGGGCUCGGAUAUCUUCAAAGCACUCGCUCUUGGAGCGGAGCAUGUGUUCCUGGGAAGGAUUCCCAUCUGGGGACUGGCUUAUAAUGGACAAAAAGGAAUCGAGUUGGCGAUUCAGAUUUUGAUGGAGGAAUUGAAGACGACCAUGGCACUAGCUGGAUGUCGAUCGAUCGAGGAUAUUAACGCGAGUUAUUUGUCGGUUUUACGGCCGGAUGGGAGAUUGGCCAAGUUGUAG